AGUCCAACUUAAUCCUUUGUUCCCCCCCCGCCUUGUGUGACCCUGACCUUUCUUUGUCUGGGCCACAUACAUAUGUACAUACAAUGCAGGAUCCUACCACCCCGUCCAAGCCGCCGUCAUCCCGGCAGCCCUCUUCGUUAGCUUGUGUAUCCUGUCGCCGCCGCCAUUUAAAGUGCGAUGCCCUGUUGCCAGCCUGUACUCGUUGCCAAUCCACCAAUUCAGAAUGUCGUUAUGUACGGUCGAGGCGAGGAUUGCGUACCAAACAGAGCAAUCAAUCCCCCCCGCGGUUCGACGAACAAAUGUUGACUGCAGACGAUUUUGCUACCUGGCUGAAUGCCACCACUCUAGCAACAGAUUUGGAGGCAGAUCCGGCGCUUCUCCAUGGGCUCGAAACGCCGCCAGUAUGGGACAUUCCUUGCCUCCAGGAUGAUACCACAACAACGACCUGGCACGAGCCUGAGCCAGUCGCAAGGAUUACCCCUGAGAUAGCUUAUGAUCCAAUGGUACAGCUAUACUAUCAAAACUUUCACCGGUCACACCCUUUCUUGAUCCCAAGAAAAGUACUUCAUUCUCCGCUUCAGCACCGGAUACCUCCCUAUAUCACCGGGAUUGUGCGGUACAUUGGCGCACAUUACUACCCCGAUGUAAGAUUCAAGGAAGAAUUCCGGCCGGCAGCAUAUACGGUUCUAUCGGAUGUCACCCCGCGGGACGGAUUCAAAGUUCAAGGACUGCUGCUACUUGCGAUCAUCGAACAUGCCCAUGGCCAAGAAGAGAACGCGCACAUGAAAAUCCAAAUGGCGAUUGAUCUCGCUCUAGAGCUGGGAAUGAACCGUGCCAGUUUCGCUCUCAUAAACUCUGAGGGUAAUUCGGUGCUCGCCGAAAGCUGGCGUAGGACGUUCUGGGAAUUGUAUGUUGUAGACGGGUUGUUGACAGCUAUGCGAGGCCAAAUCCCGUAUCGUCUUUUCCCCCAGAAGGCGGACGUCCAAUUGCCUUGCGCUGAGGAGGUUUAUAAUUCUGCUAGUGAGAUCACGCCAAAUACACGGACCCUGGACGAUCUCAAACAGAGCUGGUCUCUCGACCAAUGCAGCUCCACCUUCACUUACCGAAUUGAAGCUGCGCGGAACCUCGGGCUAGUCAUGGAAGUGAACCGCUCACUGGAUAUUGACCUUGAAGCCCGGGUUGAGACAGUUGACGCCACUCUUGUCUCGUCGCUCAUGCAAAUACCUUCAUCUCAAGAUGGCACCUCUUUAGACAGCUCGAAUAUUGACGAAAUGCUCUUCCAAGCAGAGAUGAUCACCUACCUGUAAGGAUCCUAAAGGAUAUCCGUCCCCAAAGCAAAGGACUAACCGAUACCACCAGCGCACUGAUAUAUCUCCACCACCCUCGUUCCAGCAUGCGCUUUGCUUCUUUCCACGCUCGAACCUGGUGCACCCGGCUCCGAGUCUGCAACAACAACCCACCGCCUACGGAACUGGAUCUGCAUUCCCAAAAGUUCCUUCGCGCGGCGGAUAUGUUAUCCAAUCUCGUCACUCUACCGAGUACGAUCAAGUCCCGGACUCCUUUCUUUACAUGUGCUCUGGCAAUGUGUGUUAUUGUGCACACGGCAGCAUGCCUGAUCAUGUCGACCCCUGACAAGGUCGAGUCGCUUAAGACGCGAAUUCAACUGAGCAUCGGCGGUCUGAAUAUGCUGGGCAAGUCCUGGCCGUUGGCAAAGAUGGUGAGGCAGCAGAUGGUGAACAUGUACCAAGAGGUCGGGUUGCGUUGAAUGUCGCGGUCCCUUCUUCGAU